GGUCUCCGCGCUCAUCUCUCAGUUUCAUUGACUCCAUGUGAAACUCUGCUCAGCUCAAGUUUUCACUCUGUUUUUUCUGUUUUUAACAUUCAAACUCUCUCGUCUUAGUUCUUCUUUCGUACUGCACGUGUUUGCCCGAAUAAGAACACACAAGUCUCGUGCGAAGCCGGUCCACGCACGAGACUCUUUAGGAGACUUGGGGAGCAACAGGAGGAUUUACGCACGAGCGAGACCCGCGGGGAAUAAUAAAGUGGAUUUAACGGAGACGUCUUUCACGCGCUGCGGUUCUCCUGAGUCUGUCAGCCCCUGGACCUGUCUGACCCGGGAUAACAGCUGUCUGACCCGGGGUAGGCUUUCUGCUGUCUGAGCGGUACAGUAAGCGAAAUGUGGACCGUUUAUACAGUGAAUGACUGAUAGAGCUGAUGAAGAAUCAAACAGUGCUGAGGAGUCAGGCUGAAAAAAAUAUUUCUGUGUUAACGGUUCAAUGAGUCUGUAAAUAAACUGGUAAUAAUGGCAGCAGUCGGUAAAGUCAUAACUCUUCAUAUGACCCAAAAGUUUGGGGGUCCUUGACAUUGGAAACUUGACAACAGUGUGUUUGAAUGUCUGGACCAUUACUUAUAGUUUUUAACUAGCUGUUAUUAAGCUCAUGUUUAUUUAGAAAAGCGUAACUUUGUACUUUACUCUGUAAGAGCAACCACAGCCCAGCAUGAUUCAAACAGGCUAAAAUAAGCAAAUUAAGAUAAUAAACAAAUCCAGAGAAACAAAAGCGCAAUGAAAAAUAGAUUUUGCAGUUUUCCAAUUUUGGAAAAUCGACUUGAUUUAAUUUUUUUGUUCACUUUUAGACAGGAAGAAAGAUUGGCAGCACUCUCACUCACUCUUUCUCCUGCUGUAUAGAUUAGGAAACAGCCAGAUGACAGUUAGUUGAGCUUUGCAUAUGGGCUGGAAGCAGGGGGAAACUCAUAGCCAGAGCAGACAGCAGAAACACUUAGAUUUUUGCACUGAUGGAAAAGUAGAUGUAACUUUUCUUUAAUUUAACCUGAACAAAUUAAGUGAUUUCCUCUGCUUUCAGUCUGUGGUUGGAUAUAAGCAACCACUGGCUGUGGUUUCUUAUAGAACCAGACACCAGAGUACUUCACAGGGGUGUGUCUCCUAAGUAACUCUGAGACUGUCUGACAGUAGAUAUAUAUCAGCAUGGGGUUUUUUUUGGUUUAAUCAUCCGGUUAUCUCAUGUCUAGACUCAGUGAAACAUUUAAACAUCAAAAACUCAUCCUUUAAUUAGAGUGCAUUUUGUUAUUUACAUAUGCCAAAACUCAGGCUGACAUACUUAGCGGCUUAAUAGUCUGUGCACUGUGGUGUUAAGUAAAGUGAUGCAUGCUCGAAUUAAACAUACUUUGUUCUCAUCUAAGGUAUCGAUUGAUUAACUGCUCAUGAAUUAAGUAAAUUGAAGCUGAUUUUAUUCUUUUUUUUAAUACAUUUUCUGUUAUUUUCUGAAAUUACAACAACAAACAAGUCAUUUGAAAUAAGUGAGAGGAUGAACCUGUGCAAUUUCCCCUUUUUUCAAUAAAGUCCAGUUAAAUGAAUUACUGAUGUCCUACAGUGGAAACGCUGGUAAUAACCUCACACUUGUGAAAUGCCACAUUUUGGGCAAUCGUCACAUAAAUCCCACUCAGACACAACUAAACUGUGAAAAGAAAAAUCUGGGAAAAAUCGAAAGGAAACUUUAAAGAUUUGCUUCAAUGACCAACUGUGUAGCGAUAAAAUGUAAAUUGCCGUACUCAUUCAGCAUAACCUGUUUUCUUCUCGCAGUUUGCCCUCCAUCAUGAAGGUCUCCGCGGCCAGUGUGUCUGCACUGGUCAUGGUCUUAGUUCAGACCCUGGUUCCUCCUGCUGCAGGAUACAGUCUGGAUCAGGACCACAGUCUGGAGUUUAAAGGCCCGCCUUCCUCCAUGUUCGGAUACUCAGUCCUGCUGUAUCGCCACAACACAGAGAGCUGGUUAGUAGUUGGAGCGCCAGUCGCAAACACAUCCUCCGAUCAUUCAGUGUCUCCAGGAGCUGUUCUCCGCUGCAGCAUCGCUGCUGCUGGACCCCGGAAAUGCCACCACAUGACUGCUGAUGUGUCUUGGUGUGGAAAGACGUGUGAAGCCGAGCAAGAUCACCAGUGGAUGGGAGUCAGUUUAUCCAGACAACCUGAAAAGGAAGGGGGACACAUCCUGGCCUGUGGUCACCGCUGGAAGAACGUCUUCUACUCAAAGAAAGAUGGUCAGAACAACAAGCUUCCGAAUGGGGUGUGUUAUCGUUUUGGCAGCGACAUGAAAACUUACAAGGCUAUGACCCCCUGUUACAGAGACCACCAAAGGAAGUUUGGGGAGGAUUAUGGAUCAUGUCAGGCGGGUAUUUCCAACUUCCUGACAGAGGAUCUGGUUAUCAUGGGGGCACCAGGGACAUCUUACUGGACGGGUUCAGUUCUGGUCUAUAACAGCACCAGCGGGAAGAUUUCAGCCUACCUCGAUAAUGACAACACUGAAGCCGUCAAAUUUGGAAGCUACCUGGGCUAUUCUGUUGGAGCUGGUCACUUCCUGAGUCCUGCAAGUGUGGAGGUGGUGGGUGGAGCUCCACAAUACAAUCAGAGGGGAAAGGUCUUCAUCUUUACAGUAGACAACAGUGUGCUACAGAUUGUCGCCCAAGUCUCUGGAAAAGAGCUGGGAUCCUACUUCGGCUCCAGUGUUUGUGCGGUGGACCUAAAUGCCGAUGGAUUGUCAGACCUGUUGGUCGGUGCUCCGAUGGCAACGGGCAACGUGAGAGAAGAAGGGAGAGUCCACGUGUACAUCAACCAGGGGCAGGCAAAGCUAGAGGAGCAGUUUCAGUUGACUGGCAGCAACGCCUACGCCGCCCGAUUUGGAGAGAGCAUCGCAGACCUGGGAGACCUGGAUGACGAUGGUUACCCUGAUGUGGCGAUUGGUGCUCCACAUGAAGACGACCUUAAAGGAGCUGUGUACAUCUACAACGGCAGAAAAGAGGGCAUCUCAUCAACUCCAUCCCAGAGGAUUACUGGAUCCACCCUUGGCCAUGACCUCAGGAUGUUCGGGCAGUCGCUGAGCUCUGGCAUUGACAUUGACGAUAACGGUUACAGGGAUGUGGCAGUUGGUGCGUUCCUUUCUGACUCAGCCGUGGUUCUCAGGACCCGUCCAGUGAUUCAAGUGAACGCGUCUUUGAUCCUGCCGGAGCAGAUCGACGAUCGGAUGCCGCUGUGCCGAGAGCUCAAGCAUCCAGCUCCCUGCUUUAACGUUACCAUCUGCUUCAGUGUCCAGUCCAGACAUUUCAGGGGGCACAUAGAUCUUCAAUAUAAUCUGACCUCUGACCUCCUCCAUAAACCGUCCUUCCCACCUCGGUUCUAUUUCCACGGUAACGGAUCGUCCAAUAUCACAAAUGAGCGUGUACGAGCACGACAGGGGCAUCUCACUUGUGUGGCCCAUGUGGCUUACCAAAGGAAAGAUGUGAGGGACAUUUUCACUCCGGUUCAGUUUGUGGUUUCUUACAGUCUCAGGGAGACAAACAGCCGCAGAGCCUCUUCCACAUCCUUCCCUCCCUUAAAACCCAUUCUGCAGCGGAGCGCAGGACACCGCAACACCAUCACCAGCCAGACUCAUUUUGCUCGUUCCUGCUCCCUGGUGAACUGUUCGACAAACAUGCAGCUGUCAGCUCAUCUAGUGCUCCCACAUCAGCAGGAGUACUUUGCGCUGGGAUCCGGGCAGACUAUCAUGUUGAAAGCCUCACUGCUGAACUCUGGAGAUGACGCCUUCCUGCCACGACUGACGCUACGGUUGCCCAGCAACAUCCACUACAUUAAAGUACUGCAAAAUGAGGACAAUGUGGUCAGAUGUGAUGUCACACAGGAAGUUAAUGAUACAACAGUGGGUGUUGACUGCAGUGUGACCAACUUCCUCCUUCCAGCGCACACCCAGCUGAAUAUCAGCUUUCUGUUGGAUGUCAACCAGAACAGCACACCUGGACAAAACCUCAUUCACGUCAACACCAGCAGUGAUAACUAUGAGAGGAGGGAAUAUCUCCAUGACAACUCCAUCAGCCUCACCCUUCCUCUCAAAUAUGGAGUCAAUGUGAACAUCCACGGUUUUGUGACUCCCUCCUCUUUUGAAGUUAGAGAUGAAGACUUGAUUUCCACUAACUGCUAUUCAGAAAGCUUCAAUUACACAUACAAGGUGUUAAACUCCGGUCCCAGCAGGUCAGUCGACACUGUGGUUGAAAUUGCGCUGCCAAAGAUCCUCACACCUUACCGUCACAGGCUGUUGCAAGUGGUCGAUUGGCAGUCGUCUCAAGGCGUGUGUUACAUCAGUGACACAACUGUUUCAGUCAUCGACGACUGCGACGCCCCUCAAGCUUCCUUCAUCAAACAACUCAUCUUCUUCUUUUCGCCCACCUCCACCCGUAGAAUGUUUUGUGGCCGCACCGAUAAGGCUUGUGAGUGGUUAGUGUGUUGCCUUGGUAAUUUGGAGGCGGGGAGAGAGGUCACCAUCCAACUGGAAGCCAACCUGAAUCCUGCCGUACUACGGCAAGCUCCGGGUCGCCAUGGGAUCAUGAUCCUGGAAAGCAUGGCAGUGAUGUCAUCACCUAAACAAGAUAAUAACACCAUCCUGAUCCAGGAUCAUCCUGUAGCACAGGUAUUGGUGGAAGCAGUUUUUACCCAGAAACCCUCAGCGAUGGUGAAAAUCUUCAUUGUCGUUGUCAGUUUAGCCGUGGGGUUAACAAUCCUGGCAGCUCUCAUCUGGUGUCUGUGGAAGGCUGGAUUCUUCAAGAGAGAAUUACAUCAUAAGGAGGAUGAGUUCAACAGAGACAGCUGGGACUUCGUUCCCAAGCACAGCAAAAGAGAAAGCACUACCUAACCCAGAUUGUUCUCUCUGCCCGUGAUCUGACCCCAAGGUGGAGUUCACAUUGUACCUAUGAAAGAGUGUUCAUCAUGCCUCAGUCUUACUGCAGCACUGUGAACGUCAUCGGUCAGUGAAAUCCGCCUACGCUCCGAGGGUUUGAGUCUAACACGUGACAGUGAACGCCUCCUGAAUCUGACUGUGACCUUUUAAACUAUUUUGCCGACAUGCUUUCACAAAAAGGAACCAGAGAAAUCCAAAGACCUGAAAGAAAAAAGACUGCAGCGUUCGAUGGAUAGAGGAUUAAUUAAAAGGGAAGUGAACCGGAAGUCAUCAAAUCUGAACCAAUCGGAAAGCCUUGGAGCUUCCUGGGAUUAAUGACCUUCAUUUUGACUCUUCUUUUUAGGAGAAAA